AUGGGGUGCAAUAACUCGAAGACGGAAGAAAAUACACAAGGAAAAUCGCUUUCUUUAUGUUGGCAAAGAAAGAACAAGGUCGCGCCUACCAUCGAUCCGACCCCAGAAAAAGCUGGCCCAUCACAACACUUUGGUGUUUCCAACAUGACACGGAAAACCGAACAAACUGUAUUGAUGCAGCUGAAGGAGGAAGGGAUAGUCCCAAGAAAGGGGGACGGAGGCGUGGCGUUUGUAUUGGACAUUUGCGGUAUUUCUGAAUCUGACGAUUUGACCUCUCUGGCUCUCCCUGGUGUUCCAGAAUAUAAAAGAAAAUAUCCCCAAUACGCCUCGUACUCCUGGGAGGUGUGCCGAGCUGCAAUCUACGGUCCUCCACGACGUCUUCCUCCAAUAAACAGAGCAUCUAUUGACGCCAAACAGGAGCGGGCCAGACGUAACCGGGAGAAGAAGGCAGCGGAAAGAAAAGCAAAAUGGGCCAAGAGCUACGCCAGGGUCCAGGCAACACUGGAAAAGACCUCUGAUUCAUAA